GGACCUGAGCUGUACAGCACUAUAGUCGGCUAACAUAGCUAGCGCUAGCUAACGACAAGUGCCUAAUUUACUUGCCCAAACGGCUCUUGAUCUCAAAACCAACAUAAUUUAAACUUCAGACUAGAACUCACCGGUCAGACAAGACUAAUGCUAGCGGAUUGUUUAAUGAGUAGUAGUUAACUAAAGUAAUGGAGUGCCCUCAUCUGAACUCCAGUGUGUGUGUCGUUAUGGACAUAUCCCGGUUCCCGAAUGGUUCUCCUUCGACGUGGUGCUGUAGCGUUUGCCGGUCGAACAAAAGCCCUUGGGUGUGCCUCGCCUGUUUGAAUGUCCACUGUGGAAGGUAUGUAAAUGGCCAUGCCAAGAAACAUUUUGAGGACAUUCAGAGCCCUUGUGGAGGCCAGAGAAAAUCUGACAAGCAGGAGAAGGAGAGAAUGCAGCACUCAGUGUGUAUGGACUGCUGCAGCUACAGCACAUACUGCUACAGGUGUGAUGACUUUGUGGUAAACGACACCAAGCACCGACAGGUGCAGAAGGUCAGGGAGCACCUCCAGAGUUUAGAAAACUCAGUGUUAAAUGCGGACAGACAGAGGAAGAGAAAGCUCUUGGAGACUUCACCUCUUGAUAGCAAGAUGCCAAAAGACAGUGACAGCUCCUCAGCUCUCAGCGCCACAGGCUUACGCAACCUGGGCAACACGUGCUUCAUGAACGCCAUCCUCCAAUCUCUCAGCAAUAUCCCACAGUUUAGCUGUUAUUUCAAGGAGUUACCAGCAGUGGCGCUGCGCAGUGGGAAAACAGCAGGAAGGAGAAUGUACCACACCAGGAGUCAAGGGGACAGCAGUGUGUCUCUUGUGGAGGAGUUUAGAAAAACACUGUGUUCUCUUUGGCAAGGCAAUCAGACAGCCUUCAGCCCCGAUGCCCUGUUCUACGUCAUCUGGAAAAUCAUGCCCAGCUUCAGGGGAUACCAGCAGCAGGAUGCUCACGAGUUCCUGCGCUAUCUGCUGGAUCAUCUCCAUAGAGAGCUACAGGGCAACAAGAACGGAGAGUCCUGCCCCGCCCUGCCGGCAGACCUUCACAAACCACCCACAGGGGACAAAUGCUGCAUUAAUGGGACAUCCACCGUGGUGACGUCUGUGUUCGGCGGCGUGCUGCAGAACGAGGUCAACUGUCUCAUAUGUGGGACAGAGUCCAGAAAGUUUGAUCCAUUCCUUGACCUGUCAUUGGACAUUCCCAUCCAGUUCAGGAUGAAGAGAACUAAAGGCCAAGAACCAGGACCCACGUGUACCUUAAAUGACUGCCUUCGUAGUUUCACAGACCUGGAAGAACUUGACGAAACCGAGCUCUACAUGUGCCACAAGUGUAAAAAAAGACAAAAAUCCACCAAGAAAUUCUGGAUCCAAAAACUGCCGAAAGUACUGUGUUUGCACCUCAAGAGAUUCCACUGGACAGCGUAUCUUCGGAAUAAGAUUGACACAUACGUGGAGUUCCCACUGCAGGGCCUGGACAUGAAGAGCUAUUUACUGGAGCCAGAGAAUAGUCUGCCAGAGAGCUGUCUGUAUGACCUUGCUGCAGUUGUGGUUCAUCAUGGAUCAGGUGUCGGAUCGGGACAUUAUACUGCAUACGGAUUCCACGAGGGUCACUGGUACCACUUUAAUGACAGCACAGUCACUCUGACCAAUGAGGAGACGGUGGCCAAGGCCAAAGCCUACAUCCUGUUCUAUGUGGAACAGACGGACCCGGGCCGGGCUGGCGCCGAAUCUCAGCCAAAGCUUUAACGCCUCGCUUUCACUAUCAAGCCUUCAGACUGAUGGAGCACCAGGAGCUCUCCUCCGUCUCCCCACACACCACCCGUUUCAGUUACCUCCACACAGCAUGCACUUCACCAGACCUCCUUUUUUUUUUCUCCCUCCCAAACCUCCUCUCAAGUGCAUGACUCCCUGUAGAAUCCAUUUGACUUUUUCCUCAUCCAUGAAACCUCAUUCAAACCUGA